GUCACCAGUAAUGGCGUGUGCUGAUCUCCGAGAGGAGCUGAAAUGCUCCAUCUGCCUGGAGAUCUACAGGGAUCCUGUUAACUUGCCCUGUGGCCACAACUACUGCCGAUCCUGUAUCCACCGCAUGCUGGACACCCAGGAGGCCUCCAGAGCUUAUAACUGCCCUGAAUGCAGGACAACUUUCCUAGGCCACCCUGUGCUGCAGAAGAACAUCGCCCUGUGUAACAUCGUCAACAUUGUCUCGUCUGCAAACCCAGAGCAGAGUGGAAGUGACAUUCAUUGCUCAUAUUGUAUAUACUCUGCUGUUCCUGCCAUACAGUCCUGUCUACAUUGUGAAGCUUCUCUGUGCAGCAACCACCUGAGAGUCCACAGCAGGUCAGCAGAACAUGUCCUAACAGAAGCCACCCGAACCCCAGAAAAAAGGAAGUGUCCUGUCCACAAGGAAAUCCUGAAGUAUCACUGCAUUGUGGAUGACGUUUGUAUCUGUGUCACCUGUUGCUUGGCUGGAGAACAUUAUGGACAUCAGGUGGAGCUACUGGAGGUAGCGUCUGAGAAAAAGAAGGACAAACUCAGAACCUUCUUGGAAAAACUCACCUUCAAACGAGAAAAGAUUGAGAAGAAGCUCCAAGAUCUACAAGAGCGUAAAUAUAUAGAACCUAGUGAUGAAGAAGCCACUGUCCUGUUUCCAGACAUGAGGGGUGAGAUGGUUUUAUACACAGUCUCAAGCCUGAUUCAGCUGUUCAAGAUCAAGAAGGACAAGUUUUCCAAGAAAAUUCAACAACUUCAAGGACUAUGCAACUCAAGCGAUUCAGUGUCCGUUGUAGGUGAGAAGGACGUGGACCUUCAUGACUUCUUUGAUGGAGAAGGAGAGGAUGAAGAACAGGAACAAUACAACCACAAGCUCCAUGAAGAUGUUGGUGACCAAGCUGUAGACCAGAUUUCAAAACCUCAAGACUGUCCAAAGCUGGUUCUAGAUAUAAGUACAUCUGCAAAUAAUAUACUAGUAUCAGAUGACCUGAAAACCAUGUACUGGUCUGCCGUGUAUCAGAACCGGCCCGAAACACCAAAGAGGUUCCAGUAUAAUCAGAUUUUAAGCAGCUGCUUCUUUUCCUCAGGUCGACACUAUUGGGAGGUGGAGACCAGUGAAACUGGAGACUGGAGACUAGGUGUGGCCUACCACACAAUACAGAGGAACGGGGAUCAGUCCUACUUUGGGGACAAUGACAAGUCUUGGUGUCUUCGUAGGUUGUAUAAGAACCAGUAUUCGGUCAUGCAUGACAACAUGGUGACCACCUGCCCUCAUACAUUUACCUGUAAUAGAUUUCGGAUAUUUCUGGACUACGAGGCCGGCCAGUUGUCCUUUUAUGAGUUAAGCAGUCCCAUCAGACACCUGCACACUGUCAUGGCCACCUUCACCGGGCCCCUCCAUGCUGCUUUUGGUGUAGGGUAUUGGCUAUCUGGAGAACAUUGCUGCCUGAAGGUCCUUCAUCACGACUCCUUCCCAUAAUACAUGGCACAGGGCAAAAAUUUAAGAAGCGUCUGUAGUAGACGUCAUUGAAGUGACCAGCUUGGAAGGUCCUAAGGCUCAUGUCCUUUAGGCUUUCAUUUUUUGAUCAGUAUGUCCUUCAAGGUUAUGAAAGAUGACCCCUUAAUUUUUUGAUUUGAUAGAGGGCAUCUUUGAGGUCAAAUAUUGAUUGUGUAUCUUUGAAGAACUCCUUUAAGAUACCAAAAGAGCUUACAGAAGAAUCGUAAAACAGUCUGUAGGUGCCAUCAGACACUUCCUCCUUUUGCAAUAUAAGCGGUGGUGGGAACAAACUGGACUUCCUUCUUAAAGGAACAUGCCAGGCAAAGUCUGUACUCUUUGUUAUGUCAAGUGCAUGGCCUGAAGGGGCGGAGCUUAAAGUGGAAAUUUAAGGAACAUCCAGAAGAGAAUCCCUGUGUCAAGCUCCGCCCUCUUAGUCCUUACAUUAGGUGCUUUAUCUGGUCUGUUCACCCUAUAAAUCUGGUAUCAGACUGUAGAUAUUUGGUAAUUAUAUAACCGCCAUCUAUAUUCCAUGGCUAAUGGUCACCCUGAUUUCCCUGCUUUAUUAUAUGAGAUUGGACAUAUCAGCAGCUAUUAUUAUACUAUCACUAAACAGCGCCACAGAGUGGCCGGCUAUUGUAAUAGCAUGCCAUUCAACUGGGGUUUAGGUGUGGACAGGCCCUUGUCCUUGUUGAUAAAAAAUUAAGAAAAAAUGAUUUGCUUUGUCCAUUCUAUUAUAUUGUUCUAUUAUAUUAUAUUGUUACGUUGUUACAUUGUUAUACUAGGACACUGUAUUGUAUUGCCCAUAUCUGCCGCCAUAUAACAGCCGCUCCAGGUACAGUAUAAUCUGUAACCUGAUGGACGGUCGGGGAAAUGGACCUGAACUCCACCGCAUCAUUCUUUAUUUCACGUUGUUACCGGGUGACACCUCAUUCAGCAUUAAUGGAAAGUCUCCGGCUCCGCCUGGCGGCAGACGUUCCGCGUCUCGCAGAUAAGACGCAGAAUUCAGAAGCCUAUAAUUAAUGACUCCAUCUCCUGGAGACUGGAAUUCACCACUGUCCCAGAUACACAAUCGAAGAUUCUUCCCCCGCAUGUUCCUAUAAAAAGACACCGGUACAGUAUGCACCGCGCUUCACCGCGCACGAGAGUCAGGUGGACACAACCACGAUCGUCAACCAUUUUUUUUUUUUUUAAAGCAAUUUAAAGGGGAAGUUAGAUCAGGGAUCACAUUGUACAAUGUUGUUAUAAUGUAACUCAAUGCAA